CAGCACACUUUGUACCUUGGCCUAUUUGGAAAUAUUUUGUAUGUAAAGAGAAUUACAAAGCCUUGGUUGUCUGGAUAGCGGAUGCAUGUACAUAGCCAGCUCUGGGGCACAGUAUUCUCUUUAAAACUUCAAACUCUGCUUUAAGAUGUUCCUCAGAGCAACAGUGUCUCAUUACACAAUGUGACUUCUCACCUUAAGAAAAAAAGAUAAAUGAAUGACACUUUGAAUUUAGAUGGAAGUAGCUGAACUACUACUUCAUCUCAUAUUUUUGGGGAAUUUCCAUGCAGCACCAAGUGUAGGUUUCAAAGGUUGUGUUUUGUUUGUAUUUCAGUGACCAGUGAGCAUAACAUGAAGACACACAAAAAAAGAGGGCACUAGGUAAAGACUAAAAUAAGAUAAUGGGGAUGGUUGACAAUCCUACACCAGAAUUUAACGUGUAAUGAUUUUAAAUAUAGAACUUUGUGUUGUUCUAAAAUCCCCCUUUUAUACAGAGGGUGAGAUCACAGUGAUAUGAAUAGGCAAAUGUAGAGGAAGUUAUACAGAAAGCAAGCAGAACGUAGUUCGGAGAAUUCCACAAAAGUAGGAAAUGAGCAACAGUCACUGGCAGUCCUACAGGGCUGCUGGAGCACAAACAGCCCAGCUGCAGUACCACGCUAAGGGAAGUUAAGGAGCUUCGAUAUCCUGUAGGAAAUCUACUGGGAGAAUGAGUCCAAAUACUUGCUGGCUUUGCAUGACAUUCAGAGCAGAAGAAAAUGGGAUCAUUUCUAAGGUCUCUUUCGAUGAAGUGCUACAGUGGUCCCAGUCUUUUGAAAAACUGAUAACAAGUAAACAUGGACCUAUGAUCUACAAGACCUACUUGAAGACAGAGCACAGUGAUGAAAACAUAGAAUUCUGGCUUGCUUGUGAAGCUUAUAAGAAGAUCACAUCACAAAGAAAAAGGAUUUAUGUGGCCAGGAAACUUUUUACAAAUUACAUUCAACCCCAGGCUCCAAAAGAGAUUAACAUUGACAGCCCAGUGAAGAAAUCAAUUGUCAGGAACCUACAGGAACCAACAGAGUCCUGUUUUGAUGAAGCACAACGCGUAGUUUACAUGCAUAUGGAAAGAGAUUCCUACCCUCGAUUUCUUGAGUCAAAGUUCUAUCAACAGCUCAAAUACAGACUCCAAACUGAUAGCAAUAUUCCAUCAGUACAUUAAAGAGAAGGGCUGAAAACCUCCAUCUCUAGGCAGCGCUUCUAAGACUUAAAGUAAACAAAAAAAAAAA